AUGUUGGCCGCUUGGCGAGGAUCUGGACCAGACGGCUCUCAUUUCGAAGCGGCCGCAAAGAAGUCCGGGAGGACAGAACAUUGGAGAGAAGCGUUGCAUUUGUUCUGGGAAGCAUCUAACGAACGUGUCAAGCACAGCCAGAGCUUUUACGUUUCCACUAUCAGCGCAUUUCGAAAAGGACAGCAGUGGCAAUGGGCACUAUCUCUUCUAAGCGAGUUGGUUGCAUCGACUGUUGAGGCCAGCGUCAUGAUCUACAACGCUGGGAUCAGCGCUUGCGACAGAGGUCGGCAGUGGAAGCGGGCCUUGUCGUUGCUUAGCCAGAUGGUAGAGACGAAACUGGAGCCCACUGUCAUCAGCUACAGUGCUGUGAUCAGCGCGUGCGGGAAAGGCAGGCAGUGGCAGUGGGCCCUGUCGCUGCUCAGCCAGAUGGUCGAGACGAAACUGGAGCCCGAUACCAUUAUCUACAAUGCUGCGAUCAGCGCUUGCGAGAAAGUGCUGUGA